GGGUCAAGCGAUUAUGAGGUGGAACCCCGCACUUUAACUCGCGUCCGUCGCGGACUUCACCCUGCCCCGUCAUCGUCGUCAGCCCAGAGCCCGUGCCCACCACCUGUCUUCGAUCCUCAUCUCGUCAUCCUCUUCACACGCCCUUGCAUAAUUCCUGGGCUAGCAAAUUGGUGACACAAUCGCAAUCCCGCUACGUGAGUUGCUGCUGCUGCUGCUGUAGAGUGCGUCGUUUGCGGAUUUGCCUUGCGCUUGUUGAAGGAAGUGGGUGAUUGGACGCAAUGGCAGCUGCUGGGUUGGCGGUGCAAGAUGUGGUUGGAAUCUUGGCGAAGCAUGGACAGAAGAUGGGUGCAUUGGGCGACGUGAGGGGUCUCUGCGCACCCAUCGACCGGAUGGCGCUCAAGAGCUCCUUCAACAAUGGAGGCAGGGCGUUCUCGGCUGCCGUGAUCAUACCUGAGGGCCUUGGGUCUGCGCCUCCGAGGAUUACCAUGCGCGCUGCAGCUAAGACUGCCUACAUCUGCCAGGACUGCGGGUACAUUUACAAUGAUAAGCAGCCAUUUACAUCGCUACCUACCGACUAUUCUUGCCCCGUCUGUCUUGCACCGAAGAGAAGGUUCAAGGUCUACGAUGCACCAGUGGCUAGGAACGCCAACGACUUGGCUGUUCGGAAGGCCCGCAAGGAGGAAUUGAAGAAGACAAAUGCAGCAUUCGGACAAGCGCUUCCCAUUGGUAUCGCUGUUGGUAUCCUUGGGAUUGUAGGAACAUUUCUGUACUUGAACAGCACCUUGUAGUGAUUGAAACCUCUAUCCUCUCUUUAGUUCAUUCGUCCUAGUUGCUUAGUUCCGUCGCCCUAAAACCUCAACUUUAAGUAUUCACAUCAAAGUGUAAAUUCUUUCAUGGAAUAGACCAAAUCAAUCCUUCUAUACAUGUAUUGAGACAGUUUGAUUGGACCUGCACCGUCAAUAAGUUGGCUUCACUUUUUUGUCAAAUAAAGCUCGACAUGUUCUCGAUGGUUUAUGAAACUUGGAACUUGUUGAUGCCAUAGGUUCUGUUUACUGUGGCCUCAUGAAGUUCUUGUUGCGCUUCUCCAUCGAUGGCCUUGUUGUAAAUCAGACAAUUUAUCCA